UUUUGUACUACCCUAUAGACCGGACCGUCCUCCAGAUAACCACCUCAGUCAACACAUUUCGUCCUGAGGUUCAAGUGGUUGCAGCAGGGAGCUUAUGUAAGAUGUCUGAGUACGUUCGUCCAGCGUUUGCAAUAGUAUUUCCUAACCUUGGUGGUAUUGCUGGAGGCUUCUUGACAAGGAAGGCAAUCCCAGACUGGUAUGAGAACUUGAGGAGGCCAUCAUGGAGACCCCCAAACUACGUGUUCGGUCCUGUGUGGACUUACCUUUACUCUUCAAUGGGAUAUGCCUCUUACCUCGUUUGGCGAGACGGUGGGGGAUUUAGCGGAGAUGCUGCACUGCCUCUUGCCUGUUUUGGCACUCAGCUUGCCCUAAACUGGGCCUGGACACCGAUAUUCUUUGGUGCCAAGAAGCUGGGUUUGGCCACAAUUGAGAUUGGUGCUCUGUGGGGAGCAAUCCUGGCAACUAUUAUCACCUUCCAUCCCGUCAACCGGACAGCCUCCUACCUGCUCCUCCCCUACCUGGGCUGGGUCUCACUUGCAAGCUGCCUCACUUUCAACAUCUGGCGUAACAACAAGGACCGCACUGACUGAAAAGUCUGCACAGAGUUGUCUGAUCUUGUUGAACGUGUCCGCAUGAUGAGAGGAACCCACAGUGCAUGGAAAGAAGUCUAAUGUCUGUUUUCAGAAAACUUUAUUAGAUGUAGUUGUAUUUAUUUGAAAUUUUGCAUCAAAUUUUUUGGGAGAGCUCACAUUACUGCCCUGUAUUGCUGUUUAUAUUACAGUGUUCUCUUAUUCAAAGUGCCGUGAAUCAUUGUCAAUAACUCAACGUCUCAGUCAAGAUCCAGGUUAGGAUAGGAAUACAUCAGAUCCUGUUGCCCUAUCAUGUAUCUAUUGCUGAUGCAAAUGUCCAGCUGUCGAUAAUCGUAAUCUCCACCCAGCCCACUUAACUCCUCCUCCCAGUCCCCAAACUUGGGCCAGACCAGUCCAGUAUUCAGGAAGACAGUGUGUGAGGACAGCCUGAACAGAGAUUACUAACAGUCACUAAAAGGGAGUAGUGAGUUUAGUUUUAUGCAGCACUCAGCAAUAUUCCAGCUAUAUGGCAGCGGUCUGUAAAUAAUCGAAUCUGAACCAGACAAUCCAGUGAUCAACAGCAUGAGCAGAAAAAGGGAGUAACCUUGACUGUUUUCAACUCAGUUCCAACAAAUGUAUGUGAUAACACUUGAAGGUUUAUAACUAAAUCUAGUCAAACCAAGUCACUAUUCUGUGGUCAACACUAUUUGUUGUUUCAGUGUCAUAUAACAUGAUCCACAGAUACUCUAAUCCAAACCUGUUGAUAAUUUAGGUAUUUAAUGUGAAAAUAAUCACGCUUUAGUGAUGACCCAAUAUUAACAUGAUGUGGGCUUCUGUGUUUCUAUCCCAAUGGUUUUUGCUAAAGCUGGUGUAAAACCCAACUUACCUCCUCUCCACCCAGCUGUCCCCAGCCACAGCCAGCAAAUCAUGUAGAUGCACCAUUUCAAGUUUCAUUGUAUACUUAAAGACAUUUCAGGGUCGCUAUCGG